AUGGGUUUGCUUUUAAAAUAUGUAUAUAUGACAUGUCCAGGUGAAAUUGGUGUAAAAGGUUUAAAAGGUCUCCUGGACCGAAAGAUUGGCGUGGACAUUCACUGUAUCGUCCAGGUCCACGUAGUCUACGAGGUCCCGUUAGGACAACCAGGAUUUCCUGGUUCAAAAGAAUCACCACGUUUCCCAGGAUGUCCGGGCAUUAUUAUACAAGGAUCUUCAAAUAUGAUCGGAUUUCCUGAUACAGCGAGUAUACCAGAUAAUGUUGAGUCAUCAGAUGAUUCAAGAAAACGAAGCAUUGCUAUUACUCGAAUCAUCAAAAUAUACAGGAAUUAUCAGUUCCGAGAGCUGAUUGUUCACCUACAAGAAUAG